AUGCUCAAUUCCUACAAUUUGGAGCAAACAAAUUCGCUGGUUUCCCUGGUCAAUAAAAUAGCCAAGGAAUAUCUAGCCAAAUGUCCGCCGGUUAUCUAUUAUGACCGAUUUGUGGCCACAUCGAAGAGACAGCUUUUGGAAAAUCUCUUCAAGACCAUGCCGAUAACUUUUUAUCAUGGCUAUAUAAAUGAGGAUUAUGAGCCAAUAAAUCGAAAGCUGAAUAGUUAUAUUGACAGCAGCUGCAAAAGUUAUAUUCUAUUUCUCUCCGAUCCAUUGAUGGCACGCAAAAUCUUGGGUCCCCAAACGGAAAGUCGUGUAGUUCUCGUCUCUAGUUCGUCGCAAUGGAAACUAAGGGAUUUUUUGAGUUCAGAACUGUCAUCGGAUAUUGUCAACCUGUUGGUUAUCGGCGAGUCUUUAAUGGAACGUCCCUAUGUGCUGUACACGCACAAGCUAUACGCCGAUGGAUUGGGCUCCAAUACGGGAUUGGUCUUGACCAGUUGGAUCAAGGGAGCCUUAUCGCGUCCACACAUCAAUCUAUUUCCGCCAAAAUUCGAAAGCGGAUUUGCCGGACAUCGAUUUCAGGUAUCGGCAGCGAAUCAACCUCCGUUUAUAUUCCGCAUCAAGACACUGGACUCUUCCGGAGUGGGACAAUUGCUUUGGGAUGGCAUCGAGAUGCGACUCCUGAGUAUGAUUGCGAAACGUUUGAACUUCAGUGUGGAUAUUACGGAGACUCCGAUGUUGCCCACGAUUAAAAGUACUGUGGAUAAUAUACAGUUGCAGAUCAGUAUGGGUGGAGCUGACAUUGGUAUGUCGGGAAUUUAUAUGACGGAAGAACGUUUAAAAAAUACGGAAAUGUCGGUGGGACAUUCCCGAGAUUGUGCCGCAUUCAUAACGCUCGCCUCGAAAGCUCUACCCAAAUAUCGAGCAAUUAUGGGUCCCUUUCAGUGGCCCGUCUGGGUUGCCCUGAUCUGUGUCUAUCUGGGUGGAGUAUUUCCCAUCGUUUUUACGGAUCGCUUGACUCUUAGCCAUCUCAUGGGCAAUUGGGGUGAGAUUGAGAAUAUGUUUUGGUACGUCUUUGGCAUGUUCACGAAUGCAUUCACAUUCACUGGAAAGUAUUCAUGGAGCAAUACCCAAAAAGCUUCAACUCGUUUAUUGAUUGGCGCCUAUUGGCUUUUUACCAUCAUCAUAACAUCAUGUUAUACGGGCUCCAUAAUUGCAUUUGUUACACUACCCGCUUUUCCGGAUACCGUUGAUUCCGUUCUGGAUCUUCUUGGUCUCUUCUUUCGCGUCUGCACGUUGGACAAUGGCGGCUGGGAGUCUUGGUUCCAGAGUUCCACACAUGAGGCCACCUCGAAGCUCUACAAGAAAAUGGAGUUUGUCGGCUCCCUUGAGGAAGGCAUCGGCAAUGUCACCCAAAGUUUCUUUUGGAAUUACGCAUUUCUCGGCUCGAAGGCGCGUUUGGAAUACCUCGUUCAGUCCAAUUAUUCCAAUGAGAAUCUCUCACGCCGCUCGGCUUUGCAUCUGAGCGAGGAGUGUUUUGCACUCUUUCAAAUUGGAUUUCUCUUCCCCCGCAAUUCGGUGUACAAGCGGAAGAUUGACUCGAUGAUCAUGAUGGCCCAGGAGAGCGGACUGAUGAUCAAGUUGGGACACGAGGUCAGCUGGGCGAUGCAGCGUUCGUCGACGGGUCAUCUUCUACAGGCGAGUGCCAGCUCAUCCUUGCGUGAGAUUAUCCAGGAGGAGCGUCAGUUGACCACGGCGGAUACGGAGGGCAUGUUCCUGCUGAUGGGCAUUGGUUACUUUAUGGGCGCCAUAGCCUUGAUAUCGGAGAUCGUUGGCGGCAUUACGAACAAAUGUCGGCAGAUUAUCAAAAGGUCACGGAAGAGCGCCUCCAGCACAUGUUCAUCCCGUGGCAAUUCCGCCGUGGAACGCACCUCGGCCGAACAGGAAGAUCACGAUGUACGCAAGGCAGCACGACGACAUGCCGCCGAGGAUGCCAAUCAAAGCAUGGGAUUCGGAAUGAGGGAAUUCAAUCUGACACGACGCACAUUCCGUGAACUCUACAACUCCAAUCGCAAUGAAUCACCAAAUGAUCCCGAGUCGGAUUUACGUAACUCCGAUGAGCACACAACGUCCACGGAUCUUAUGGACGAUCUGCCAGCGGAUGUCUAUGAAUCCUUGGAGGGAUUGGAUGAAUUUAUCGCUAAUCUGGAGUCAAUUCAAGAGCAAAGCAACGAGCUGAAUGAGGAUGCGGUUUUGGGCACACUGCUUCAACCGGAACAAGAUAUUAAUCACAAUGACUAAAGCACAUUUACAGCUAAAGAAUCUCUAUAAAAUAUGUUUCAAAGUUUUUUAACCUAAUUUGUAACAACAGUAAAUGAAAAUGCAAUUGUCUUAAAAUUUUCGUGAAAUUUGCGCUAAAUAUCUUUAAAUCUCGAUUGAAAUUGUUAGC